CAGCAGUCUUCAGUUGACAAGGACCGUACUGGCGUGGUGUUGAAUAUUUUUAAAUUUGACUUGUAUAGAUUGUCUUCAUUUAUACCCAUUUAGACUCUGUCGCCGCGACUAUUAAUUCAGUCUUCUGCCCCUCCUCUGCCCCGCUCGUCCUUACACCACCAUGUCGGAGGGCAAGCUGCCUGAAAAUGUGCCCGCGCAGGGCAAAGAUCUCCCUAUCCGCGAACAACCGCCGCCGCCUCACCCGAUUCACCAGGCGCAGAAAGUGACACCGUACGAGGUCUCUGGUGGUGUUGACGAAAAUGGUGUUGCGAUUGCGAUCAACUAUAACAAGCUGGUGGAAGAGUUCGGCACCAAACGCAUUGACAAGACGCUGCUGGAGAAAUUCGAGCGUGUGACGGGACACAAGGCCCAUCGAUUUCUCAGACGUGGCAUUGUUUUCAGUCACCGUGAGCUUGAUAUGAUUCUGGAUCGCCAUGAGAAGGGCGAGCCAUUUUUCCUUUACACUGGCCGAGGACCCAGCAGUGACAGCAUGCACGUUGGGCACACCGUGCCAUUUGAGUUUACCAAGUGGCUCCAGGAAGUUUUCAACGUGCCGCUCGUUAUCAUGUUGACGGACGACGAGAAGUUUUUGUACAGCAAAAAGGGCCUCACCCAAGAGGCUGCCAUGCAAUAUGCCAUGGACAACGCAAAGGACAUUAUAGCUGUUGGUUUCGACAUCAAGAAGACGUACAUUUUCAGCGACCUUGCUUCCAUGGAUGCUCCUUUCUACCAGAACGUCAACCUCUUCUCCAAGGCUGUCACUUUCAACCAAAUUCGAGGCGCUUUCGGUAUGACGGAUAGUGACAGUAUUGGAAAAAUUCAUUAUGCUGCGAUUCAGGGUGCUACAUCUUUCGCUACUACCUUCCCUUACAUUUUCGGCGACGACAAGAAGCGGGUCGCCAAGAUUCCCAGCUUGAUUCCCUGUGCCAUUGAUCAAGAUCCGUAUUUCCGUGUCACCCGAGACAUUUCCAGUCGUCUAAAGUAUGUGCGACCGGCACUCAUUCACUCUAUCUUCUUGCCUGCUUUGCAGGGUCCUGGCAGUAAGAUGUCUGCCAGUGACGAGACCUCUGCUAUUUUUAUGAAGGAUACACAAAACCAGAUCAAGAACAAGGUCAACAAAUACGCUUUCUCUGGCGGUCAAGUCUCAGCUGAAGAGCAGAGGAAGCUCGGAGGCAAUACCGAUGUGGAUGUAUCCUUCCAAUACCUGACCUUCUUCCUCGAAGAUGACGCCGAGCUAGAGCGCAUCAAGGUUGCAUACCAGAAGGGCGAGAUGCUCACUGGAGAAUUGAAGCAGAUCUGUAUCCGAGAGCUGCAGACCUACGUCAAGGGCUUCCAAGAGCGACGAGCGCAAGUCACCGACGAAAUCCGUGAUGAGUAUAUGCGGAAGAGGAAGCUCGAGUUCCGGAAUAACCCUAACCCGGUCAAUGGGACUGAUAAGAAAUAAAACGCGCGCAAACGCGCGAGCUGAUGAGCUGAUGACCUUACAAGCGACAUCAUAAAAAUCUUUUGCAUAACGGCGUAUUUAAUUCA